CUUUGGGAGCGGUUGAGUGAAAAAGGCUCGUGCCAAACACAAUUUAUGACCACCCAAAGGACAUCUAUAAUAAAACAUCAACCUGCAACUCACUUUGGGCAAGAACUUCAUCGAACACAUCAAAUGCAUUGAACCAUAACAGAGAAUUGGAAAGAGAAAAUGGAGAACAGUAAUUCAACAAAAGAAGAACAAAAUUUCCGGGUUCGAAAACUGGAACUUUCAGACAAAAGUAAGGGUUUUAUCGAGCUCUUACAACAACUAACUGUUUUUGAUUCUGUUUCUGACAAAGAAUUCGAAGACAGGUUUAAAGAAAUAAGUAUGUACGGUGAUGAUCAUCUUGUUUGUGUAAUCGAAGAUGAUUUUUCGGGUAAGAUUGUAGCGACAGGGAGUGUGUUUAUUGAGAAGAAGUUCAUAAGGAACUGUGGGAAGGUUGGGCAUAUUGAAGAUGUAGUGGUUGAUGGGAAUGUGAGAGGCAUGCAAUUGGGGAAGAAAAUCGUGGGGUUUCUGGCAGAUCACGCUCGUUCCAUGGGCUGUUAUAAGGUUAUUUUGGAUUGCAGUGUUGACAACAACGUGUUUUAUGAGAAGUGUGGUUUUAAGCAGAAGGAAAUUCAGAUGGUUAAGUACUUCGUUUGAAUGUAAUGUUUUGCUUUUGCCUUUUCUUUACAUACAAUGCUUAUUUUGAUGAUGAGAUCAAUGGCAUGUUUAUUUGAAUAUCUUGUCUUUGUCUGUCGCAUGCUUCAAAAAUUAUCAGCAUAUUUACUUUUUCUGGAAUGUGGCUCAAGAUUUCAGGAUGAAUUGUGUGCUUAUGAUGUAUUAUUGGACUGUGCUUAGCACAUAUGAUGGGAGGAGUCAUUAGACAUUUUACUUUUAUAUUAAACUUGGUGUAGGAUCUUGUGGCUAGAUUAAUCAAACCAUAACUUACUUUGAUGAGAUCAAUGACAUUUUUGUUUGAAUAUCUUGUCUUUGUCAGUUGAAUGCUUCAAAAAUGAUCAUUAUACUUACUUCCUCUGGAAUGUGGUUCAGAAUUUCAGGAUCAAUUGUGUGCUUACGAUAUAUUAUUGGACUGUGCUUAGCAUAUACGAUGGGAGGAGUCAUUAGACAUUUUAUAUUAAACUUGACAUAGGAUCUUGUGGCUAGAUUAAUCAAACCAUAAGCUAGAGAGUAGUUUUCAGCCGCCCAAUAAGCUUCAAGGAGGCCUUUUUUCUGGCAAAGUAGAUGGCGCAUGCAGGAACCUUCAUUCAUGAAUGUCUCUAAUGGUGUUCUAGUUCUACAUGAUUUAUAAUGCGUAGUAAAGUUUCAGCUUUAGUGUUCCUUGCCUUAAUAUGGAUGGAUUUGUCAGUUCUAAUCUGUAACUAAGGGCAAAGUUUUGCAUGUAGUGUUUAUCUUCUGCAUAGGACAAUCCUUUCUGGAGAAAAAAAAUUGUGGGAUUAGACUUAAACAGUAAUAUUGUUGUUUGUUGAUAUUCCCUCAUUGGUUUGUGGUGGAAUGUUAUGAAAUGAAUCUUCAUUCAUCCUUCCUACAAUGAAGCUUAAUUCUUGACUACAUCUUAUAACCAGAUGGUCUGAAUCUUAUGCACAAAGUGAAGCUGACAUUUCUGGAUUUAUUUUCCAAUAAUCUACUAUUGUUUUCUGUAUUAUGAAUGAAUAAACUUCGACAGUAUUCAGCUAAUCUUUUGUUCAGCUUAUUUAAUCUGAGGGUUACUAGGAGCUGAAAGGUCAUUGUUUUGGUUUAAUCUUCUUCCCUACGUAUUGAAAGAUCUUAAGUGGUUUAGGAAGCUUGGAUUUUUUAUGUCAAUAAGGAUUAACUAUUGCUGCUCUGCACCGAAAGCCCUAAUCUUGCCUCAUCGUAUGCCCAAAUAUUUAUAGUCAUGCUUAGAGGAAGGAGAAGGUAAA